AUGAUAAAGGACUCUACAAGGAUGUCAUUUUCUCUCAGAAGAAGGGAUCCAAUACCGAGCCAAGGAGUAAUUCUGAUCCUCGAAGAAGAUAAAUGGAGUCAUGACAAUACUGGGCACUUAUUGGAUCUUAUGGGAAUGGGAACCCAAAUUGUAGGGGCGUUGACAAAUGAACAAAUGGAAGCAUAUCAGAUUGUUUUUAGAAUUGAAGAAAUAUCAAACAAAUUAAGACACCCAGAGAAGUUCUUGAGUAAGGUUCCCCCAUCUAGAAAGCCUACUCCUGCACCAAAGUAUGAUGCCACUGGUAAAAGAAUUAAUACACCAGAGUAUAUUUAUAGGAAGCAAUUAGAAGAAGAAAGACAUUCAUUAAUUGAAAAUGCAAUCAGAUCGAUAGCAGGAUACACUCCUCCUACUGACUAUAAAAGGGCAAGUACUAAAAUUGUUGAAAAGGUUUUCAUUCCUGUGAAAGAAUAUCCAGAUAUCAAUUUCAUUGGCUUAUUAAUUGGUCCUAGAGGUAACACCUUGAGGAGAUUGGAAGAAGAAAGUGGAGCUAAGAUCGCCAUCCGUGGGAAAGGGUCUGUGAAAGAAGGUAAGAAUCGCUCUUCGAUCACAGAGCGUCAAAAUAACCUUGAAGAAGAUUUGCACUGUUUGAUUACCAGUGAAGACCCCACAAAAUUGCAAAAAGGUAUCGAUGCCUGUAAGGAUGUCAUAAACAGGGCUGUUUUGACACCAGAGGGCCAGAAUGAUUUAAAGAGAGGUCAGUUACGAGAAUUAGCGGCUAUCAAUGGUACCUUAAGAGAGUACCAAGAAAGACCUUGCCCAAAUUGUGGUGAAAUGGGUCAUAAAAGAUUUGACUGUCCUAAUCAAAAGAAAUUUUUGGAAAGUAUUGUUUGUCGGAUUUGUGGCAAUAUUGGACAUUUUGCAAGAGAUUGUAAAUUAAAGGAUCAAAUGGGUAAUGGUGAUAUGUCUACUGCUGAUCUUGAAUUUGAACAAAUGAUGAAGGAAAUCAAUGGCGAUGAGUCAAGUGGACCGAUUGCGUCCAUCACCGAUGGUAAUGACGGGCUACCUAAAAAGAGAAAUUUGCAGAAUGAUGAUGGUAAUCUCCAAGAGGGGGCGCCAGGUGAUUAUUCUGGCAAUGGUCAUAAGCGUAGCAAUCCUGGUUAUAAUAAUGCUGGCUAUAAUAGAAAUGGCUAUAAUAAUAAUGGCUAUAACAAAAAUGGCUAUAUGAAUGCUGGUUAUGGUAAUAACGGUUAUAAUGGUAAUAAUGAUAAUAGUGGUUAUAAUAGUUAUAAUACUAAUAAUAGCUAUAAUAGUAAUAAUAGUUAUAAUAAUGGCUACAAUAACUACAACAAUAACCACAGGCAGAAUCAACACAGACAACAUACGCAGCAAUAUAGAGGUAAUAAUGGGCAGCCAUAUAAUAAUAAUGUUCCUAAUGGUGGAAAUUAUAAUAAUUACAACCAUGGAUAUAACAAUAAUAUUCCACAGGUCCAAUCUCUUCCUCCUCCUCCAAAUUUUGCUCCUCCUUCAAAUAUUGGUGAAUUUCAACCACCUCCACCACCACCACCCCCUGGUAUGGAGGAUAUGCUAGCACCACCUCCUCCGCCACCUAUGGGGCCACCUAUGGGGCCUCCUCUUGGUGCUCCACUGGAAUUACUUCCGCCUCCGGAACCUUUUGAAGAUUCCUUGCCUCCACCACCUCCGCCUCCUCCAGAUUAUUAG